ACGCAAGAUGAGAAGUACGGCGCAGUUAAUUAGCCGAUAGACUGUGUAUGGGCACAUGGAAUGACCUGGGCACGAUCAAUAUUCUAAUGUCCAAAAUGACUCGGUAACUCAGCUGUUAGGAGAGGUGACUGACAUUCGGUUUGACGUUGAAUGCAGACUGUAGAAAUUGACUUUAGUGAGUUUUUUCCAAAAGUGGUGCGUUUUUAGCAAAAUUAAGAAAAAAUAUAACAAGAGACUCGUUUAAUCUCACAAGCAGCAAACGGUAACAUGAGUGAACUCACACAAGAAGAGAUACGGCGUCGACGACUAGCCAAACUGGGAGCAAGAGAAGGUGGCUCACCAUCAAGCUCGGUCUCUCCGCCGAUUACGCCUAUAUCACAGUCUCCCAUGUCCGCCCAGGGACAAAGUCCUCCAGUCUACGAAUCUCAAGAGAAUCCUCUGGAUAACAAAAUAUUCUCGCCGGCAAAUCCAGUCUCGACUCAGGAAACCAAAAAAGACAAUAAUAUUCCAGCCAUCACUGAAAAGGAUAAGGAACAGGGUGGCAAAGAGGAAACGGCUAUUUUUAAGGAACCAAGUAAGCCUAUAGAUAUCCAGCUACCUUCUAGUUCAAAGCAAAGGAGCAGAGGCCCUCCGGUACGAAGCGACUCUGAAACCAGUUCUAUUCACAUGGAAGUGGAUGAGGUGAGUGGGAGCUGCGCGGAAAAAAUGGGUGGAAACACCGACAUCGAUUCGGGAUUUGAGAAUAUGGAGGUGGACGAAUCCGAGUUGCAGAAAAAAGAUGUGCACAGACAAAGGACGACGUCCUCUUCAACCGAAUUGAGUAUUGAACAGUUGCAACAGUCUGUAGGUCGCAUUCUACAGUGUUCGUUUACGAAGACGAAUACGUCCAAGGUGUUUUUGCCGCAGACAGCUGAGGUUGUAAAGGAAAACCCCAAUUUGACCAUUAAGGAUCUUAUUUCUACGGCUAUUUUGGAAGUUUUAAGGAUGAUCGGACGGGGAAGUAAUCCUUUUAAGAACUUGGUACCUCAGAACCAAGACGCUGCUGAUACGUUUAGCUUACACUCAGGUUCGGUGAGCCCCGUUCAAAGUAGUCCGAGCACUAGCGACAUGCAGUGUCCCGUUCCCGCUUUAAUAAUGAAAGAGAAAGUUGAGGAUGCGACGCCUGUGGCCUUGGCCAUUAGUUUUUUGACCGAAAGUUAUAACAGAGUGGCGCAGGAGGAAAGAAAUCAUCCAAAAAGAUCAAGUAUUCCUCCCCUAAGCGACGUUUUAACAGAAAUUAGAGCUCAGUUAGUUCAAUAUACCUCAUUAGUGCUUCAAGGAAAAAUUGUUACUGAUGGUCAGCGCAUCAGUUACAGCAGUUCCCCACUUUUGAAUUCCAUAGUUCAUCAAACUAUUCCCAGGGGAUUUUUGACCGAGUUAGUGACACGCACUUACUUAGAUGAAGAGGCGUUCGAUAAAGUUUUUAGUCCAAUUUUGCAGGGACUGUUUAGGAUGAUGCGGGAAGCUUGUCUUGUAGAAGAUCAACAUAGAAUGCCACUUCAAGCUCUUUUUGAGUUAGCAGAUAUAAGAUGCGGCAACCGACCAAUUUGCACCCUUAUCACAAAACAGUUUCAGUUCUACGUGUCAGACCCCCUCACUAACGCGGCAGGACGUGAAUUGACAUUCAUGACAUACUUGGGUCCAUUCUUAAAUAUAUCAAUUUUUGCUGAGGAUUCGCCCAAAGUUGCAGAAAAAAUGUUUAGUGGAACUGGUAACAACGACAAAGCCCUUAGGAUAGGUCUUCAAUUGGAAUUGGAACACAUUAGAAAUACCCUGCACCGAAUUAUUCAUUCUAUUUUAGCGAAUCAAGAUAGUAGAGAUUCAUGUUUAAAGUAUCUGGGUCAGGUUUUAAGAAGCAACGAGAAAAGGGCGCAGUUAGCCAUGGACGAGAGGCUCCUCGCCGGAGACGGUUUUAUGUUGAAUCUACUGAGUGUGUUGCAGACUCUGUCUUUUAAAAUUAGAUUCGAUAAGCUGGAUUUGAUGUAUCCGUUUCAUAAAGACGCGAUCGUUCAGAUUCAAAAUGACACCAGGUUAAAGUUUUCAUCGCAGGAGGUGGGCGAUUGGCUUGAAGAAUUUGGUAAAUCGCACGAGUUUCCCGCCCCGAAUUUCUCUACGAUUUGCUGGUUCUUAACUUUGCAUUGCCACCAUUUGGCCCUUUUGCCUGCCAUCCAAAAGUACCAACGAAGACUGAGAGCCAUAAGAGACCUGCAGAAGCUGAUAGAUGAGACGAUAGCUACCGAAGCCCAGUGGAAACAUUUGCCUUUUGCCGCCAGGAAUAAACGCUUCAUUAAGAGGUGGAAGCAGCAACUGAAGAAACUCAAUAAAUCAAAAGGAUGCGGAGACGCUGGUCUGUUAGACAAGAACCUAAUGGGACGUUGCUUAUAUUUUUACACUUUUGUAAGCGAAUAUUUGCUAACUUUAAUGACAGGCGAACCCCCUGGAACUUCUGUACCUGAUCUACCUCUGCGGCCUCCACAGACUCCCGCCUUUUACGCUUUACCCGAGUGGUACGUGGAGGACAUUGCCGACUUUUUAUUAUUUGCCUUACAAUAUUUUCCUGGUCUCGUGUCGGAUCGCACGGGAGACUCGCUGAUAAUAUGGCUUUUAGUAACGAUAUGUUCGUCGAAUAUGAUCAAAAAUCCGUACCUUGUUGCCAAACUGAUUGAGGUGGUGUUUGUGAUAAUUCCGAGUAUUCAGCCUCGAUGUGAGCCAUUAUACAAUAGAUUUAUGUUGCAACAUAUUUCUCGUACGGUGUUGCCGAGCUGUCUUAUGAAAUUUUAUACUGAUGUGGAAACGACAGGGUCUAGUUCAGAAUUUUAUGAUAAAUUCUCUAUCAGAUACCACAUUAGUCUUAUUAUGAAAGGUAUGUGGGGUUCGCCAGUUCACAGGCAAGCAAUUGUGGACGAAUCGAAAACUGGCAAUCAGUUCGUUAAGUUUAUUAACAUGUUGAUGAACGACACGACAUUUUUAUUAGACGAGUCUCUCGAGUCUUUGAAAAGAAUUCAUGAAAUUCAGGAAUUGAGGGCCGACGAGGAGAAGUGGUCAAAACUGCCAAGUGAACAACAACAAAGCCGCCUACGUCAACUGAGUGCCGACGAACGGCAGUGCCGGUCCUAUUUAACUUUGGCCAGGGAAACGGUUGAUAUGUUUCACUAUUUGACGAUCGACAUUAAGGAACCGUUUUUGAGGCCUGAAUUAGCAACAAGACUGGCGUCUAUGCUCAAUUUUAAUUUACAGCAACUUUGCGGUAAAAAAUACAAGGAUCUAAAGGUGGAAAAUCCUGAUAAAUAUGGCUGGGAACCCAGGAGGCUUUUAAGUCAAUUAGUUGAUAUAUAUUUGCACUUAGACUGUGAUAAAUUUGCCGAGGCUCUUGCCAGUGAUGAGAGAUCAUUUAGUCGGCAAUUAUUUAAUGAUGCAGCGUCACUAAUCGAUCGCGUGGGAAUAAAAACACUUGGAGAGAUCGAGAGUUUUAGGGAGUUAGGAGAAAACGCUUGUAGGAUAUUAGAUCGUAAUCAGAAGUCUGAGGAAUGGUUAGACGACGCCCCAGAUGAAUUUAAAGAUCCUUUAAUGGACACAUUGAUGACGGAUCCCGUAUUGCUGCCAAGCGGCCAAAUCAUGGAUCGAUCAGUCAUCAUGAGGCAUUUAUUGAAUAGCAAUACUGACCCGUUCAAUAGACAACCUUUAACUGAAGAUAUGCUUUUGCCAGUGGAGGAGCUAAAAGAAAGAAUACGAAUAUGGAAAUCAGAAAAAACCAGAGCACCAAAAUGAGUCUUUCAGUAUCGAGAAGGUGCAGAUUCCUACUAUAUUUUUUGUUCAGAUCAUUUAUAUGUAUAUUUAGUAUAUAAUUUAAUUUCGAAUUAUACGAUCUUAUAUUCC